CGGGUUUAAUUUGGUGAGAGUAAAGAACUGGUUCUCUGAUGCCGCCGCAGGAUUGGAUGCAAACUUUCAGUCUGGGUUGAGCUACGAAACGGUUUGGGUCGUGGAACCUGCGUCAGUUGCUGUCGCGUCUGUAGUGUUUGGGAAGCUUUGCGACAAAAAUCUGUGAACCGAACCUUCAACUAAAUCAACCUGUUCCCGCGCCGUAUUGUGGUCGCGUAGUAUGCAAAUGUGAACGAUCGUUUUAUUGUAUCUGGAGGAUAUUCUGUGCAUCGUUUGAAUGAAGUGGCUACUAAACAUAGUGUGAGCAACGGUUUUGGUGGAAUUUUAAAAUAUCUUGUGUGUUUUGAGUGGCCGAGGUCCAUGUGACAACAGGUGUUUUCCGGUUUUCGUCUUCUGUGCUUUCGAGGUGAGAUUCGACCUGUUUCGGCUGGGAAGUGCUGAGUAAGAUGAUCAAUGCCUGGAGGCAGAAGAAAGUGUUUAGUUCGACAGGAUAGCAAAGAAAGGGGAAGUGUGGAGAAAGCAGUCUCUCGAGCAUACCAGAGUGAGUGAACGACCCCGAGAGGAAAAUAGUCACAAAUUUCAUCUGGGAAGUGUGAUGAUUAGAAGAAGUGUGUCACCGGCAGAUAACUUGUAUAGCGUGAGACGUGGUGCAUUCAUAUAUUUGGCGAAAGAUAUAUUUGGCUCAUUAUAACAAGAAGAUCAAUUACUUAACAAGGGAAAUACUGUGCCUGCAUGUACAUCGUAGUGCAAAUCAAAAUCAAGAAGCAGAUUACGAAGAAACUGGUGUAUGUGAUCAAGAAAAAGUUCAAGUUGGAACGAAAGCAGUGAAGAGAGCUUUAAACAAAUUCAGCUGAUUUUAAAAGGGCGGUGUCUACAUACAUCGUUUAUGAUUGUGGUUCGACGAUAGAUUAUGAUUCAUUGAGGAAUAUUUUUGGUGAAAUUAUUUAAAUUUGCAAAGUGUGUUGAACUUGGAGCGUCGUCAAUUGAUGAUCUGUAUUUUCUGAAGACCUACAUAACAUGAAAAUCAGAUUUACUUGACGAUUUGGCAGUGAAAUACCGGUCAGCGAUCACAGAUAGGCAAGCGUGCAAUAAGUUAAUUAUGUUCUAUGUUUUUCUUAUUUAUUUAUUUCUUUAAACCUGGGUACAUACUAUUCUGAAUGGGUCAACCGAUCAGAGCUCUGUGCUGAGAUAAUUUCAAGCCACGGUUUAUCGGAUACCGGUAUGGUGCUGAAGCGGGUGACUUCCAGCGUCAGCUGUUGAUUGAUUGUAAUAACCGGCGGCGGCUUUUCCCUAUUGAACACCGCCAUCGACUGCGAAACUGAAGAAACGUGGAAGAUAAAGUGCGGUGAUAAAACUGGCCGUUUUUGCGCGGUAUGGCAUUAUGUGUACUGGCUCGUUAACAGUGCGGUAAAGUGGAAAUUGAUGAAGUUACUGUGCUGUUGCUGCUGAUGGGUGAUAUGUUGAAUGGGCGUGGAUUCUAAUCGUGAUCCUGUAAGAUUACUAGAAUGUAGAUUGCAUCAGCCGUGUGAUAGAGUGCUUUUGAAUUGAUGUUAUCACGAAAUUACCGAGGAAACAGAAGUGUUGAAGCAGAAACACUUAACGACAAAAGACAAUUAAAUGGUCAGUACACUCACGCGGAUGGACCAUCAAAGGUGAUGAGUGAUGUCAGAAUCAGAGUGCUGCCAGACUCGUUGGCUAUGACUGCUCUUCGUGGGACAAACUAGACACCCGUCACAGACCACAAUCAGAAACCAGAACAAACAACGUGACAGCAGACAAAAAAAGAACGACAAACAGCAACAUGACCAAAGAAGAAUUAGCACUUUUAGUCACAGCUCAAACCCGCACAUUUCCCCCUGCCGCCGCGGCGACAUGUUGCGCUUCAAACACAUUAGACCAUAAAAGGACCAGUCCAGAUCUAGAAAAGCGACCCGAGCACCACGCCGUGCGACGGAGGGCCACUGGUGGAGGCCCACGGUCUAGAAAAGCAUCAACGAAGGUGGCCACGGACGUGAUGAACCGGACACGGACGCGCGACUGGCGAUGGACAUCGACGAUGACGAUGCUGCCGCGAUUGCUACUGCUCGCCGUCAUUCUGAUGGUGACCCACAAAGUGCACGCAGUGGAAGGCAAGCUACAGCUGUGUGAAGUGGAAACCGGACAGACAAAUAUCAUCCUAGACAUCGAAGAGAGCCGGGGCAAUGUUACUAGUCAAUCUACGACGCCUCCAGAGCUGCCCAUUUACGGCGAUCCAGAAAGCGAGAUCCAACUGGAUCUCAACUUCCCCAAAGGAAAUCCAACGUUCACGCUAAGCGGCAAAUCCCUGCGGCUUAUUCAUCCGCUGGAUCGCGAUGAGGAAAAUCUCAGCCAUAUAGUCUUCCAGAUAAGCUGUACGAUCCGGUCGACACGUCGAAGGCGCAAUAUUCCGAUUAUAGUGCGAGUGUCGGAUGUCAACGAUAAUCCGCCGAUGUUUAUCAACACACCGUACGAAACCACGGUGCCCGAGUCCACGCCCGUUGGGACGACCAUCUUCAAGAACGUACUCGCCCAGGACAAGGACGCUGGCGUCAACGGCCUGGUGGAGUACUUUGUGAUUGAAGGCUCCCAGCAGAACAUCUCCGAUAUUUCACCGAACACACUGACGGCUGCUGAUGGCUACGGAGUAUUUGCCAUCGCUUAUCCGCAUCAAGGACAGGUCACCGUCGUGAAAACACUGGAUUACGAGCGUAUUCAGCGAUACUACCUGACGAUAGUCGCAUCGGAUCGAGCCCGCAAUGCUUCGGAACGGUUAUCGGCAACAACCACCUUGACCAUAGACGUUGCUGACUCGGAUGACCAGGAUCCUUCCUUCAUCUACCGUGGAUGCGUACUACUGGAUGGUGCCUGUUUGAAUCCGGAAUAUUCAGCCUCUGUUCCAGCUGGAACGCUACAAGGCGUUCUGACCGUAACUCCAGAGCGGAUACAAGCUGUCGAUUUGGAUACCAUCAGCGCACCGAUCCGGUAUUCGUUUCUCAGCGGGAUCCCCGGUAACUAUGGUGACUUUUUCGAAAUUGACUCCCAAACGGGGGUGUUGAAACAAACCAAACUGGUGGACUCGUCCGUAACGGCGAAAAAGUUCGACAUCAUCGUCAAAGCUGAAGAAGUGUCGGAAACAAAGCGUUUUGCGACCGCAAAACUGACCAUUCACGUAAAACCAGUCGAUGCGUACCCUCCAGUAAUCGGAAUAACAUCUACUGAGGGUUACGUGGAUGAGAAUUCCCCCAUCGGAACGACCGUAAUGGAUUCGAAGGGCAACCCAAUCAAACUAACCACGACUGAUGCAGAUAUUGCAUCAGAAGACGAAAUCGAAUAUAUCUACGAAGUAACUACACCGUCAUUUAUUGUAUCGAAGCACGGUAUCCUACAGGUCAACGAAGAAGGUUUAGAUAGGGAUCCACCUAGCCAAGGAAAGUACAGAUUUCAGGUGGUGGCUCGUGAAGCUAAUGGUAAUGCGGCUAGUGCGCCCAUGAGCUUGACUGUUCACCUAAAUGAUGUCAAUGAUAAUGCUCCAAAGUUGACCAUGGUUCCCCCAGUAAGCUUAACAGCUGGUGAUGGUCGACGCUUAGUAACUAAGGUGACUGCAACCGACAACGAUAGCGGAGAGAACGCUGUCGUUACGUAUUCUAUCUUUCACGUUUCCAACAAUGGAGGCAAUAAAUUUGCUGUUGAUCCAAAAAGCGGGGAAAUCGAAACAAGGGCAAGGUUAAAUGCUGGUGAACAGUAUAGCAUUACAGUUCAGGCAUCUGAUAUUGGAGGUCUUUCCUCGCAAGCUAUUGUUGAAGUAUCUGUCACGCCUGGUCCCAAUACGAAACCACCUAGAUUUAUCAAACCUGUUUACGAUGUACAAGUCAGUGAAGGCGCUGAAAUCAAUUCGACUGUAAUAGUAGUCAAGGCUGAAGAUCCUGAGAAUGAUCCAGUGAAAUACUCCGUAACUACAGGUAAUGAUCUCAGGCAGUUCUCAAUUGGAAAGGAAAGUGGUGUAAUCAGCGUUAUCCGAAAACUAGACAGAGAAGACCUAACUAGAUAUCAACUAAUCAUUAGAGCUGAGGACAGUGGGGGACUAGCUAGCAGUGCAACGGUCAACAUAAAAGUCACGGAUAUCAAUGACAAAAAUCCCGAGUUCGAUGAAAACCUAUUACCUUACAUAUUCUCCGUUGACGAGGGAAAAGAAAACGCCAUAAUCGGAUCAGUACAUGCUACAGAUGCUGACGAAGGAAUGAAUGCAGAGAUUACCUACACAAUUCCUUCUGAUAUUCCAUUCAAAAUAAAUUCCCGAACGGGAGAAAUUAGAACGAAGUCUCAGCUGGAUUACGAAAAGCAAAAAGAGUACAAAUUCGUAGUUACCGCACAAGAUGGUGCACCUGAACCAAGGCUGGGAACCGCAAGCGUGACAGUUAAGGUGCGAGACGUUCCUGACGAAGUUCCAAGAUUCAUGGAAUCCAUAUUAGAGGUAAAAAUUCCUGAAAAUGUUCCUGAUAUGGUAGUUACCACGGUAAGAGCUUUUGAUCCGGACACCAAACCUGAGAUUACCUACACGCUGAAAAGAGGUCCGGGAGAUUUGUUCAAAAUCGACGCCAGAACGGGACUGAUCAAAACUAUUCGUGGUUUGGAUUACGAAAAGGACAAAAUCCAUGAGCUCAUAAUUGGAACGCUGGAGAACAACGGCACUAAUCCGGGAGACUAUAUCAAAAUAAUGGUCGAAGUGGAAGAUAGGAAUGAUAUUCCACCGGUAUUCGUUUCAAUUCCAGAACCGAUUAACAUAAACGAUGAUCUUCCGAUUGGUUCAAUAGUCGGGUCCAUGCCUGCCGUUGACGGUGAUGGCUCAUCACCAGGAAAUGUGGUUCGGUAUGAAAUGGUUGGGCGAGGCAAAGCCUUGAAAUACUUCCAAGUAGAUGCAGACUCGGGAAUAGUUCGAAUUCGAGACGAACUAAAUAAGGAGGACGAUACCGAGUACUUAGUUGAUGUAAGAGCAUACGAUAUGGGAGAACCACAGCUAAGCUCUGUUUCCACUUUGCCUAUCUACGUAAGCCAUAUACCAGCCAAUCCUAAUGAUUCUGCAGAGUCAAGGGUAGACGCCGGAGGAAUUAUCAACCUUGAAGUGCAAGGCCUUGCUUUCAGCGAUGAUAGCUAUACCACAAGUGUUCCAGAAUCUACAGGAAUUAACGCCACAAUUAAACUGAUACAAAUAAUUAACUCAAAGAAGGCUACCAAGCACAACGGAGGAUUUAGAUGUGAAAUAAUUCGAGGAAAUAAUUUUAAUCUGUUUCGUAUAAGCAUCGAAGAUCAUGCUUGUGCCUUAGUUCUAAAUGGACCUUUAGACUACGAAAAGACCAAUAGCCAUGAUCUAGAAGUUCGCCUUGUCUCGAACAAGUACUUUGUAAAUCAGCAUAAAAAUUUCGCGCAAGUGAAUGUUAUUGUCCAGGAUGAUAAUGACAAUGUGCCCACAUUCCAGUUCCCAAUGAGUUAUCACCAAGGUGUCCGAAACGAUACAUACUAUGCCGUUAUUAAUGCGGAUGCCGACAUGGACACACCCCUAAUAACAGUGAAAGCAACUGAUAAAGAUGCAGGUGUUUUUGGUCAAAUCAAAUAUCAUAUUUAUGACGAAAAAGUAAACGAAAUACCAAACGACGAUUCACCAAGUUCAUUCUUCACCAUCGGUGAGGAUAAUGGAAUGUUGAAGACACAGAAGAGUUUGCAAGGUGUAAAGCAAACUCCAUUGACGUUCAUAGUUGAGGCACGUGAUAACAAUGGUGAUCCUUUGGCUGGCGUUGUGCAUAAAGCUAAAGCGAGAGUAGUUGUGAACCUGAUCUCAGAUAUCAAUCGAAUGGCGUUGGUAUUUUCGGAUUCCUCUCCUAAAGAUGUUAGACGUCAUGUGCGAGCCUUAGAGGAGUUGCUGCACGAAAAAUCUACAGGGCUUAUUACAGGAAUUGAACGGUUCAGCACAAGGAAGAUUUUGAACGAGAAUGGUACAAUUGAGGAGGUCAAUGGAGCUACAGAUGUUUGGUUUUAUGCUGUUGAUCCAAAGUCAGAGAGGAUUCUGGCUCGGAACUCGACUUCAGUCAUGAAUACCAUUUUGACACCAACCAUUUUGUCGCAAAUCAACUUCGAAGCAUCUAGCAUCGCAAGGGCCACAGCUCAAGGCAUAUUUGGCCCCGUUGAACCGAAACAGCAAAUCCAAAAGGUUAAGGCAGCGGUUGUGGUAAAUGAUGACGUAUUCCCAUAUGCGCUUAUUGCUGUAGCAGUCGUAAUACUCAUUCUUGGAUCAGUUGGAAUCGUCUACAUUUGUAUUUCGUGGUCAAAAUAUAAAAAUUUCAAACAACGUAUGCGCCAAUAUAAUGCCCCAGCUAGUCCUGUUCGCUAUGACCCCGUUAUAAUAAACUCCCAAGCCCCGGCAACUGAAAACCAAACCAGCCUGAAGGAAUACGAAACGCAAGUACUCGCGAUGGCUGUUCCUGUAGAUGAAGGUGACGACCUUCAGCUAGACUUUAGCGCUAAGAAUCAUGCCUUCAGCCUGGACAACGUUAGCUACAUCACUCACAAGGAAAACGGUCAACACAGUCCUACGAACUCCGACGCAACAACCGCUGUAGUGGGUACUUUACAGCGUAACAACAACAACAAUACCAAAAACAAUAACAACCUGAACAUAAACAAUCGGCAAAACACCCUCAAUCGAAAUCUGGAGAUGAACCGCAACAACUACCUAAAUCCACUAGGUUCUGUGAGCAAUGGAACGGUACCAGGAACGUUAACCCUAGGGCGGAUAAAAUCCGAGAGAAACAACUACAUCAAUGGCUACGGGGAUACCCUGAACCGAAACAACCUCUCGAUGGCCCAAAAUAACACGUUCAAUACGUUGGGUCGAACCCACCGAAACAACAACAAUGCCAAUAGUAAUAACAUCAACAACAUCAACCAUCACCACCACAUGCAUCACAAUGGCACUGUGAACGGGACGGAGAUUGUUACUAACACGCUGGGAAGAAACAAUCGCUACACCGAUGUGCCAAUCAGUAACCCACUCUUCCACAUUCGCCAAAAUGGAGAUCUUCAAUCUCAGCCGCAGCUCAACCAUACCAGUCAAACCAACGAAAAUGUAACAUUCGGUAAACGAGACUACAACCAACUAUCGUUCUCAUAUCUCAACGACCUGGAUCGAUCCGAUGCUGAAACCACAACCGAACUGUAGAAUCUGUUUAUUUUAUUUUAUUAUUUUGAGCAAAUUGGUACCGUGUCAACCGUGCAUAACGCAGAAGGUGAAUGCAAAAUAUUUAAAGUUCAAAUGUGUCGAAAGCCAUUAAGCCCGAGCAACUAUGUAGGACAUCAAAAAAACUGCCGUUUAGAUCGUAGUGUAUAGUUAUUUUAAUUUUCAACUGUUAUUAUAUCGUUGUUAAGCAGUAAGCUCUUUCCCAACUAGAUAGUUGCAAUACAAUUCUCUUUGUUUACUUUAUAUCAACUUUUAUUUAAAUACAUUCGAGGCAUUUUCUUUACAAUUAUCUAUUUACUAGCAUCCUCUAUCGCUCCAAGUUUUACACGCAUCACGAUCACACUAUCUCACUCUUUUGAAAUGUGCCGCAGAUGUUCAUAUUUAUACUGUAAACACUUCUUACGAAAGAAACAAUACAAAAGUCUGCUUUUAUGUAUAAAGUUGGGAUCUUGUGCUCGUUAAUUAUAAUAUUCAUCUAUCAAUAUCGGUACAUUUCGCCCAUAAUGUACAUAUUGAGUCAUUCGAGUAACUAGUACGUCUAGAAACGCAAAUAAUAGAAACAUAUAUAUUUUUUGAAAUACCUACUUUGAAAAAAUAAACGGAAAGUAUAUAAAAACUGUCUCUAGUAGAUUUAGAGACUAUGCAUUUUCCACGAACUGAAACUGUUUUUAUUAGACCAAUUGUAGAGUUUAAGAAUUUUACUCGAGGUUAUUGUGCUUUUAUGCGAGGGAUGAAUGUUAUUUUACAAUGAGAAUGUGUCCGCAAGAAUACUUCAGAAGAGAAUUUUACUCAUAGUGUAUAAAAUAGUAGAAUUACUGAACAGAAAUAAACGAAGAGAUAUUAUGAGAAA